CUUAACACACUUGAAAAUGUAAGUUUUGUUGAGCAAAGAUGAUACUUGAGGAAGGUAUAGGUCAUGGCGGGGCAGCAGUGGUGGCGGUUUGAUGCGAAUGUCAAUUUUUUUCUUUUUUAUUUGGUUUGUUGGAAUAAAAUAUAUUGGAAUAAAAAAAUAAAGGAGGAUAAAAUUAUAAUCUUAGUUUUUUUUAAGUUAGGCGAUUAGGGCGACAAUAAGCAAUCCCCAUUAACAAUCCGCGGGCACCCGGAAAACCACCCAAUGCUGGGACGGUAUCCAAUUCUGACCCGUUACACUGGCGGGGUCACUAGUAAACCCGCUUGUUUCAGCGGACGGGCAUCGGAUAGUGGCGAUCCGCUCCCGAUCCGGCCCGAUGCCAUCCCUACCUCUAAUCAAUUAAAAAAUUUAUUUUUAUGGUAAAAAAUAAAGAAUAUAGAAUAACAUGUUGGAAAAGAAAAAAAUAAUAAUAAUAAAAUUUAGCACGAAAACCAACUUAACCGUUCUUGCGUGUAUGUUUUCUGGGUAUCAGAAAUUACCUUACCGAACCCUCCCAGGCUCCCCGCCUCCCAGCCAUAGAAAAGAAUCUACUUGCCGACGUACGAACAGCAAUUAGGGGAAAUCAUCAAACGAGUUGUCUUCUUCCUUCCUUCUUCACACCCUUCACUGCCUCUCCUUCAAUCUCGCAACUGGCCGUCCGCUCUGUCUCCCCGUCAAGCUUCAAAACGCUCGUGGAAAUGGUCUGCGACAUUCAUCUCUCUGCUAGGUAAGUCUAUAUACCGUUUAAAGAUUGGAGCUUUCUCAUUUGGGCUUCUUUGAUUUGCCGUUGGAGUUUUGGGUUUACGCUUUCCUUUACCAAUUUUGUAUAUAUUCAAAUGGAACGAGGGCGGGGGUGUCGUGCAAAGUAUUUUACUUCGCGAUUUGGUGGAUGGCCGAUUGUUAAAAGAGGAGAUUUGGGGUUGUUUUGGUCCUCUCAAGUUCUCGUCAACGCUGUGGGGGAAUCCUUCCAUUUCUUUUACGGGAAGUUUUGUAGGUUUUCGCGUGUUUAGAUUGAAGGCGCCGUUCGGUGUGUGCCAAGAUUAAUCUUACUCCUAUUCUUUGGAAAGAUUGUACGAAUGGUUCCAACAAGUUCCUCUGAUGCAUUCUUUUCCAUGCAAUUGCUUUACUAUAACUUUGUUUCUUUCCUUAGAUUACCGUAGUAGAUGAUAGGCAAUGGUGUGUGUUGAUUGGGUAUUGUUGGUGUUUGGCAGGUUUUGACGAAGAAGUCAGAAAUGUUGGGAAAGAAAAGUUAGGUCUGAUUUUACUGCACUACUAUCUUUCGCUUUCUGCACAUUUAGUUUCCUGCUCUUUACAUUGUAGUGGGGGAUGCUUCAACCGUUUAAUGAGUGGGUAUGCUCAAAAGUGGUCUGUGGAACUCUGGCUUGGGACGUGAAGAAAGGAACACUGAAGCCCAAUGGAAGACUCACGAGGUCCACUUCUACCGACUAGCCACCAGGAAUCUGGCCAUUCUCAGAACAAUGGGAGAGUUAUUGUAGAAGGGUGGGGUAAUCGUGGCGGCUCUUUGUUUCCUGGUUUGAGGAAAAGAGGGCAUGGGCACGGGAGUCGUUCCUGGAUAAAGAUUGACCAGGAUGGGGCAUCGAAGAUUGUGGAGCUUGAUAAGGCCACAAUAAUGAGACAUUGUUCCCUUCCUUCUAGGGAUUUGCGGCUGUUAGACCCUCUUUUCAUUUAUCCGUCUGCCAUCCUAGGACGGGAGAAGGCUAUUGUGGUGAACCUUGAACAGAUUAGAUGCAUAAUCACAGCUGAAGAAGUAAUUUUGAUGAAUUCUCUGGAUAAUUCUGUUCUCCAGUAUGAGGCCGAGUUCUGCAGGCGUCUUCAGAACAACAAGGAUCAAGCUGAAGACUUGCCAUUUGAGUUUGGAGCUCUAGAGUUAGCGCUGGAACUAACUUGUUCUUCCCUUGAUGCUCAGGUAAAAGAAUUGGAAAUGGAGAUAUACCCAGUACUGGACGAACUAGCUUCAUCCAUUAGUACCCUAAACUUGGAGCGUGUAAGGAGACUCAAAGGCCAACUCCUUGCUUUAACUCAGAGAGUCCAGAAGGUCCACGACGAGAUAGAGCAACUUAUGGACGAUGAUGGAGACAUGGCUGAGAUGUAUCUCACUGAGAAGAAACUGAGAUCUGAAGCUUAUGAGGCAGGUGACUUAGACUCUGAAAAUGACAUCUCCGAGCACACAAAAGGGAGUUCAAAAUCAGCACCUUGUUCACCGAUUAGGUCAGUUAGCGGUGUCCAAAAAUUGCAGAGAGCAUUUAGCAGUGUUGUUAAUUCAAGUAGACACGGGAGUCUGAGUACUAUGAGUAAUGGUGAUAACAUUGUCGAACUUGAAAUGCUGCUCGAGGCUUACUUUGUCGCCAUUGAUAACACCCUCAGCAAGUUAUCCUCGCACAAAGAAUACAUUGAUGAUACAGAAGAUUUGAUCAACAUUAAACUGGGCAAUAUCCAGAACCAGCUCAUUCAAUUCGAGUUGCUUCUAACAGCAGCUACCUUCGUGGCCACAGUGUUUGCUGUAGUGACGGGAGUAUUUGGGAUGAAUUUUGAGGACUCGGUUUUCGAUAAUCCAUCGACAUUUCAUUGGGUCGUGAUUGUGACAGGUCUCGGUUGUUGCUUUAUGUUCUUAUCCUUCUUGUUCUACUUCAAGCACAAGAAAGUCUUCCCUGUAUAGAACAUUUCUGGGGUUGAACCUUCAUUCAAAGACAAUUAUUUGUUACCUUUGCAUCUAGUUGAUGAUUAUUCUCAAGUUUUUCAGCAUUGCAGGUCUCAAUAUCUUAACUUUAGGGAAGUGGGUAAGUAGCACUCAUUAUUUAUAAGAUGCUGCUUAUCAAUAGAGGUUGCAGAUACACUUUACAUUCAGGAUGCCAAUGUUGUUCUUGGAUAUCAAGUCAGGAUGUGUCUGUAAUCCCUGAAGAUUUGGUUCAUCAGAUGACCCUUCUGGAGCAUAGUAAAUAGUAAUACAUACAGGAAGAGUAAACGUAGCAUUCGAUGCACGAGAAAGAGCAGCCAUGGCUGUUCUCUUCUAUCGGCCGAUGCUAGGCAGUGCUCCAUAAUCUCGUGCUGCUCUGUUUCUUCUCUCCGGUGAUGUGCUGUGUCAGCAAUGCAGGCCUGACCUGGUUUGGUAAGAAAGCACGUUUUGUAAAGCAGCCUAGCAAAAGAAGGGCGAAGUUUGAGAACGUGCUAAUGUUGAGCAAAUACCAGAACUUGGCCCUGUUCUCUGCUGGGACAUAGAACAUGGUCUGAGCUAGAACUCAACAUUCUCCCUCAGAAUCCAAUGUCCAUGCUUGAUCCUCUGUUGGGCCCAGUCACGUUCAUAGUUCUCGCUGGUUGUAGGAAAAUUAUUGCUCAUCAAUGUUUGAAACUGGAGCCGUUAAAAUCUGACCAUAUUCAAUCAAUUGGUAACCCCACUUGACUCUCCAUUCUGAUUGAUUUUGGCCCCAAUUGACUUGAACGCUAAUCAAAUUUGAUCCAACUUAUCUAACAUACACAUAUAAAUACCUAAAACUACCAAAAUCUAUACAUUAUUCAUAUGGGUCAAUUUGUUCAAUACGCGGACAACAAGUGAUUCACGUACUUCAUUAACUAUGCAAGAAGUAAAGUGACAUGAGAAUCUAAUCUCCCAAAACGAAUAUUCCUUUUUGUUGCAUCAACUCUUUUUCUUUCUUUUAAGUUUGUGUUUUGACAUAUUGGAAAAUUAAUCAGACUAAUCGAUACUUUUGUAAAUUAAUAUCAAACAACCCAUAUGUAAGAAUACAACAAAAUUCAUGGUCUGUGAUGUGCCUCUCAUUCAUAGAAAUACAGCAAAACGAAAAGGAAUGAAGAUUUUGAAAUUAA